AUGAACCUGAGACUGAUGACAACUGGUAAGAGACCACACAGGUGCUCAGAAUGUGGUAAAAGAUUUAACCAGAAAGGCCACCUGACCAGACACAUGUCAGUUCACACCGGAGAGAAACCCUUCAGCUGCUCUGUUUGCAGUAAAAGCUUUACCCUAAGAGGAAAUUUAACCAAACACAUGAUGAUUCACACAGGAGAGAAAGCCUUCAGCUGCUCUGUUUGCAGUCAAAGCUUUACACAUAGACAAAGUCUGACCAGACACAUGUUAGUUCAUACAGGAGAAAAACCCUUCAGCUGCUCUGUUUGCAGUAAAGGUUUUACCCAAAGAGGAAGUCUGACCACACACAUGUUAUUUCAUACAGGAGAGAAACCCUUCAGCUGCUCUGUUUGCAGUAAAAGCUUUACCCGAAGAGGAAGUCUGACCACACACAUGUUAGUUCAUACAGGAGAGAAACCUUUUAGAUGCUCUGUUUGCAGUAAAAACUUUACCCAAAGAGAACAUCUGACCACACACAUGUUAGUUCAUACAGGAGAGAAACCUUUUAGAUGCUCUGUUUGCAGUAAAAACUUUACCCUGAGAGUACAUCUGACCAGACACAUGUUAGUUCAUACAGGAGAGAAACCCUUCAGCUGCUCUGUUUGCAGUAAAAGCUUUACCCAAAGAGGAAGUCUAACCAAACACAUGUUAUUUCAUACAGGAGAGAAACCCUUCAGCUGCUCUGUUUGCAGUAAAAGCUUUACCCGAGGAGUACAUCUGACCAGACACAUGUUAGUUCAUACAGGAGAGAAAGCUUUCAGCUGCUCUGUUUGCAGUAAAAGCUUUACCCGAGGAGUACAUCUGACCAGACACAUGUUAGUUCAUACAGGAGAGAAAGCUUUUAGAUGCUCUGUUUGCAGUAAAAGCUUUUCCCUGAGACAACAUCUGACGUAUCACAUGUUAGUUCAUACAGGAGAGAAACCCUUCAGCUGCUCUGAGUGUGGUAAAAGGUUUAGUUCUAAGAGAUAUCUGACCAGACACAUGAUGAUUCACACAGAUGACCUUCUGCAGUUGUUUGCAGUAAAAGCUUUACCCAAAGAGGAAAUCUGACCAAACAGAUGAUGA